AUGGCCACCUCUGUCCCCGACGAGAUUCUCCCCUCGUCCGAGGUCUCACCGGCAAGUCCGAUCUCUUCCACCGGGCAAAUUCCUCUCGAAGAACCUCCCAAACUCAAGGGUCGCCAAAAAUUGUUGCAGAAUCUCCAGCGCAUGUCGUCUAGCCCGACGCUAACCCGCCGCGGACGAUCAGCAUCAACGGGUUAUCGGCGGGACCACAAGGCUUCCUUAUCGUGUGUGUCGUUAUCGUCUGCCGCAUACUCGCCCUGCCUGGGCAACGGGAGUACCUCACAACUCUAUGGCGGCCUCAACCCACGACCAGCCACCCCAGGCCCAUCGGGGCCACUAGAGGAGUUGGAAGACAACAAUGCUCGCAUCCGCCUCGUGGGCACCGACACCCCGAAUGCAUCACGAACCGUUCCAUUGCCCAUCGACCUGAGACCGGUUUCGCCACGAAGCGGUACCCCAUUUGAGGGCGACGUGCUAUCCACAGAACUGAUCUUGCCGGACGCGAAACCAGCCCGCACCAUUGAUUUCUGGGGUGAUAUGCCACGGGAGUUGCAGGUGGAGAUCUUUCGCUAUCUGACACCUCGCGAGAUCGUGCGCUGCUCGGCCGUGUCGAAGAUGUGGCAUAACAUGUGCUACGACGGACAAUUGUGGUGCAGACUGGACGCUGCAGAAUACUACUCCAAGAUCCCGAGCGACGUCUUGAUCAAACUCAUUACAUCUGGGGGACCGUUUGUUCGCGAUUUGAACCUUCGAGGCUGUAUUCAGCUCAAGAACAAAUGGUCUUCUGAUGGAGAGCGCAUCUCAGACAUGUGCCGGAACCUGGUCAAUUUGUCGCUGGAAGGAUGCAUUAUCGACAAGUCUUCUAUGCACUACUUCCUAUCGCGUAACCCGCGAUUGGAGUACAUCAAUGUCUCGGGUCUCAAGAGCGUGACCAACUCCGCUAUGAAGAUUAUUGCUCGAUCCUGUCCACAGUUGGGGACCCUCAACGUCUCCUGGUGCAGCAAUAUCAACACGAAAGGACUUUUACAUGUUAUCCAGUCUUGUGAGCGGCUCAAGGAUCUCCGCGCCGGCGAAAUCCAAGGGUUUGACAACGAAGACUUUGCUCGGGCUCUUUUCGAACGCAAUACCCUGGAGCGACUGAUUAUGAGUCGCACCGAUCUGACCGAUCAGAGCCUGAAGGUGUUGAUGCACGGUGUGAAUCCUGACAUCGAUGUCCUCACUGAUCGCGCCGUCGUCCCGCCUCGGCGCUUCAAGCACUUGGAUUUGCACCACUGCGCGGACAUCACUGACGCUGGAAUGAAGAGCUUGGCUCACAAUGUCCCUGAUCUGGAGGGCUUGCAAGUCGCACAAUGCUGGGAAUUGACCGAUGAUGCGCUUAUCGACGUUAUCCGUACCACCCCUAGGCUCUCGCACCUGGAGUUGGAAGAUGUGGACAACCUGACGAACAACGUUCUCGUUGAACUGGCCAAGUCGCCGUGUGCUCAGAGCCUGGAGCAUCUGAACAUCAGCUACUGCGAAAACCUGGGUGAUAUGGGCAUGUUGCAAAUCAUGAAGAACUGCCCGAAGCUGCGCUCCGUCGAGAUGGACAAUACCCGCGUCUCCGACUUGACUCUGAUGGAAGCUAGCUUCCGGGUCCGCAAGCGGGGGUAUGGCGAGGAUAUUCCUAGAAUUGGUUUGCGACUGGUUGUCUUUGACUGCGCCAACGUCACCUGGGCUGGCAUCAAGGAGGUUCUAUCGAGCAAUGCCUACAUUCCUCGUGCGCGCAAACCUGGGACAUCAGCCAAUGCUAUUGUGACUAUCUCGCAGAGAAACUCGGAUAGUGACUCUGUGACGACCACCACCUUCGUCACGCCAACGUCGUCCCCGUCGCCGUCGCCUACCCUCCCCGCAGAGAUCAUCCAGCUCAAGUGUUUCUACGGUUGGCAGAUGACCGUUGACGAGCACACGAAGCGCGUCCUGCGUGGUGACCUCAAUGCUGCCAGUCGUCUUGAUCGCAAGUGGGCGGACUACAUGAUGGCCACUGAAGAAGCUGGUGCCGCCGGUGCGGGUGCCCGACGCCGACGUCGCCGUGCUCGUGAGGCAGAGAGACUGUACAACGCUGAUGAAGACGAUGAUGAUAGCUACGGUGUGGGUGGUAUCUCUGCGCUUGGCAGUCGUCGUCGUCGCGCCCAAAGUGGCGGCUGCACGGUGAUGUAA